UAUAAAGAGGCUGGUACUGAUGACCUACAGAUGUGGGAAUAACUGGGGGAGGAAUUUGGAGAAAACAAGGCAGCUGUUUAAAGAAAGGUUCAGGAAGUUGUAGAAUUUUAUACAGAGAAGAGUUCAAAAAGAAGAAGAAGAAGAAGAAGACUGAUAUUUUUGAAUGCUUCUCUUCCAAAGAUAAGGAUCUUUACAGUGCCUCCAUGGAUCUCGGACAGUUUAUAAUCCUGUGCUUUUGUGCUGUAAAUGCACUUGUUUGGGGCUGUCCAGAGCAAUGCCAGUGCAGAAAUACCAUCACUCAGUGCAGAGGAUAUGAAAUUCAAGAUUUUCCUUCCCCCAUUUCCAUAAAUACAAACUCUCUAGUUAUUUACCAGACUAACAUCACCUCACUUAAACCAGCUGAUUUUGAAGCAUUUGCUGAGUCUCUUACAGUGUUUAAAAUCUUGGCAUCAAGGAUAAGGGUGGUGCAAAAUCACACCUUUGACAAGACACUCCACCUAGCCAGUUUAACGAUUUCAGAAACUGAGCUGUCUUCUCUACCAGAGAACAUAUUUGCUCCUCUUCAAGUGUUGAAAUUAUUAGACCUUAAGAAAAACAUGCUGAUGUCUAUCCCACCAAAGGCAUUUCAGGGACUGAGUCUUUUGGAGAACCUCCUGUUGCAGGAAAACAACAUCAGGAACUUACACCCAGGGACCUUCCACGGACUUCGCAAUCUCAAGGUCUUGUCCCUUAAACAGAAUAAGCUGGAGGAGAUACCAAGCAAUGCCUUUAAAGAAAUGGUGAACCUUGAGUCUUUGCAUCUCCAGAACAAUGUCAUCCAACGCUUACCUUCAGGACUUUUCUCGCAUCAACAGAAGCUGCAAAAGCUCUACCUCUCUAACAAUAGGCUAUCUUAUCUUCCUGAAGGUAUCUUCUUGGACUUGCCGAAUCUACAGCAGAUCUCACUUUACGACAACCAGCUGCAGACGCUGUCUCCCAACAUCUUCGGCCCUAUGCCCCUGCUCCAAGAACUGUGGCUUUACGACAACAAGUUAACUCAUCUUGAUGAAAACGUGUUCAGCAAUUUAACUCAUAUAAAUCUUCUGGUGGUCAGCAGGAACCAGAUCUCAAACAUCUCUCCUGGUGCCUUCAAUGGAUUGACUAAGCUGAAAGAGAUCUCUUUACAGUCCAACCUCCUGACGACCCUCGAUGAAGAAGUGUUCAAAGGUCUCCAUAAUUUGGCUAACAUAUCUCUGAGAAACAACCAGAUCCGUAACCUUCCUGGGAAGCUUCUCCUUGAUCUCUCUUCCUUACAGCAGCUGGAGCUUCAAAAUAAUUCUCUACCGCAUUUACCCGAGGAACUUUUACACUCACUAACCGAGGCUACCAAUGUAGUGCUGUCUGAAAACCCCUGGAAGUGUGACCGUAGCAUCUUACCGCUUCGAGACUGGCUACUGAAGUACCAUAAUAAAGUAAACAACAAGAUGUCCAUCAAGUGCUCAAGUCCAGCACUGUUGGUAAACAUGAGUGUUAUAAACCUUGCAAAUGAUAACUUUGAUACAUUUACUGAGUCCACCACUUCAGGUGCUUCGACAAUUCUUCCCACGGCUAACAACACAUCAGUCUCAGAAAACGGAGACCGCACCGAUGAUGGAUGGAACAUUCACAUGAUCAUUAUAGUUGUGGUUUGCUGUGCAGUUAUUCUGACUAUCGCCGUCUGCGUCGUCUGCUGGAGGAGAAGCAACCGACGGGGCAGUCAAAACAUUCGUACACUAACCAUUUAAAAGAUGUUGUUUAGUUUAAAAUGUUACCUACAAUAUUCCCCAAAUAACAAUGUUUAACACAAUCCACAUGUGAAUAUUGAAUGACCCCAUGGAAGCCCCGCCCCUUUCCGCCAGCUUUCAUCACAUUAUUUCUUCAUGUCUCAAUUUUUUUGCAGCAUUCUUGUUUAUUGUCAAGCCUGAAGGAGCAAAUGACAAGUUUUGAUUUCAUUAGUGUCAUUUUAAAGCCAGCUAACUUUAGAACUUAGAAUUGAUUAUUUCUAUUUAUUCAUGAAAUAUUUUGACCAAAAAUGGACCAGAAAAGAAUGAAUAUGUCGACGAUGAAUGACAUAAAACACAUUACAAAUCAUUUUUAUGGUACUGGUGAUCACAAAGAUGGGCAAGCUUGUCAUGAUAGAUAAUGGAGUGUGUAUAUGUUCAAUUCAAUUCAAUUCAUGGUCUCAAAGGAGCUUUACAGAAAUUCAAAUUAAGAAAGUACUGUAUAUAUAUAUAUAUAUAUAUAUAUAUAUAUAUAUAUAUAUAUA